GGAUUGCAUUGCUGACUAAACCAGCGAACAGUCAACAACUCUCAGCUGAUAGCGCUUUAAACACAAAAUUUAAAGGGAACCAUACACUACAGAUGAGACAAUAAGUAAAAGUUGUGAUAUUUUUUUUGAGGUUAAGUGUGUUUUGUGUGUGUGAAUUAUUGCGAGAGGAGUAGGAGUAUAAGGAGAACAUGGACUUGUAUUGUUGCGAAAAGCCAGAAAAUGAAGUUCGAGCUUACGACGACCCGACAAUUUUACAUGAUAGAGUACUUAAAAAUUUACUCAAAACCGAGGAUAGAUACGUGUUGCCGUUCAACGCCUCUCUUGCGAAAACUCAAAAAGAAGUGACGGAAGAGAUGCGGAAGAUAGUUGCGGAGUGGAUGAUGGAGGUGUGUGAGGAACAAAAGUGUCAGGAUGAAGUUUUUUCGUUAGCAAUGAACUAUAUGGACAGAUUUUUAAUGUGUUGUUCAAUAAUGAAAAGCCAGCUACAGUUAUUAGGAACGACGUGUUUGUUAUUAGCAUCGAAAUUCAGGGAAUCCACUCCUUUAGCUGGAGAGACUUUAGUGUAUUAUACAGACCAUAGUGUUACAAAGCAGCAAUUGUGGCGAUGGGAACUUCUAGUCUUGAGUCAACUAAAAUGGGAUAUAUCCGCCGUAACACCCCACGAUUUCCUUAAACACCUUUUCAACAGGCUGCCUCCCUUAGACGAAAAAUGGAACAUCAGUUACGAGAUGGUCCAGAAACAUGCCAAAACCCUCAUUACCCUUUGUGCCAGAGAAUUCACUUUUUCAAGGUACCACCCAAGUAUUAUUGCAUGUGCAAGCAUAGCAUCUGCAUUGUGUGGUGUAGGAUGGAUCUACAAAAGUGGCCGUAGUCUAGAAGACCUCUUACAGAGACUGACUGAAAUAACAAAUAUAGAAAAGGAUUACGUCCAACAGUGCUUAACACUGAUCGACAAGAUGAUCAGAGACUCAUCCUACUUAGAGCAAGAAGUCCAAAGCCAAGAAGUGACGUCCUACGACGCCACGCUCAGACCUGGAGAAUCAACUCCUCCCCCAAUGGAGAAGAACCAGGAGCAUAGCACCGCUCUAACACCUACGGAUGUGCAUGACAUUCACUUUUGACAAAAAAAUAAAGUGCCAGUGAUAUAAAAUUUAACUAGAGCUUCCAUAUACAUUUUUAAAAUUUUAAUUCGUACCUUAAAUAGAAAACUUUAUUUUUUAAUAAUUUUCUGUGCGGUAAUGAGGUUUGGAAAUUGGAUCGACUUGCUUAUUUGAAACGCAAAAUGGUUACCAUAAGACGGCACCUUUCACUAAUGCAUUUCAAGUUUUCUCGCCUUCUACUUUAAUUUUUGUACAAACCCGUAACGAUUCCUAAUUUUGUUAUCUCAUACUUAAUUUUGAAAACUUGAAUUGCAUUAUAUUGUCCGUUAGCCAUUUUGUGAUCGGUGUAUAAUAAAUAUGACGUGCGAUGUUCUGUGACUGGAUCCAUUUUCCCAAACUCGAAGCGUGGACGUGCAGGAUAAAAUAGAAGAGAAGAAUGAUAGAAGAAUAAAAUGAAUGAUGAAAUGUCAUGAAAAACUUCGGGGGAAGGCAAUAAAUUACGCUUUAAGUGAGAAACAAUAGUGUAUAAAGCAUUUUUGGUUAUUUUUGAAUUGCAGGAACAGACCAGAACACUAUUUUUAAUUCGCCAAAAUAAACUUACCAGACCUUAUUCAUAUUUUUAAAUGAGGUCAUAAUAAAGCACCUGUUAGAAUAUAACGUAACCUAACCUAAAGAACUGAAAUCAUUCUCAUAACCAAAUAAUUUCAUUUUUAAUUCAGAAAUGCAGUUUUAAGUUGUGUGCAAUACAUUAGUUACCAUUUUUGUUCAUAAAAUUUUUAAAUUACAGAUAAAAAUGGUUAUUGUUUCAGUCUGGUCCUGCGCCAAAAGCCUAGAACACUGGGUGACCUUAAUUGAAAUCUUUGAAACUUCUUAGUCAUUGUACAUACAUAAUUUUUGUUCCUGGUUUUGAUUUUAUCCAAAUCGGUUGAAAUCAUAGUUUAUAAAUUAUUUACCUAACACUUCAAUAUCUGGAUCUGUUGCACAAAUUUUUUAUAUAGGUACAUAUUACCCUAUUAUACGCCAUUUUGCAUUUACCCUACGAUUAUGGCUUGAAUAUUUCAUUUGGAGUAACAUUUUGAUAUUAAAUAUAAAAUUCAAUUUAAACUAUCAAGUACAACCUAGGUAUGUAUUCACAUAUUCCUGUGAUCAUAAAACCGUAAACCAUAAAAAAUAUAAAAAGAUUUUCAAAACUAUUUGUAAUCUAAAUUAUAAUUAUUAUUUAGUUAGGUACCUACCAGUAAAAAUUAUUUUGGAAUCUCAACAUUUAAAAGCAAGAGAAAUAAUUGUGCAACAGACAAUACUUCAAAGACUGUAACUUUCUCUUUAAAGAGAGUUCUCUUUAAAGGGAAGUAGGUUUAAGUCCAUAAGAUGUAAUUGAAACAUUUUUAUUGUUUAUAAAAUAAAAUAAUUUGUGAAAGCAUUUAUUUUGAUAUGUUAAAAAGUGGGAUUUGUUUUUAUCGCUGUUAUAAAAUAAAAACAAAUUCAAAUUUUACUUAGGAAUGGUUUUUAGUUCCCACCUUUCGAGUUUGAAUUAAUUAGUUUUUUACAGUUAGGAUUUUGUAAAUAAUUUAAAUUUUACUGUGAUGUGUAACUAAACCCCAAUGUAUUUUUAUGGACUUAUUCCUCUAUUUACGACUUAAUACUAAUUUAAUUGUACAAAAUAUAGGUUUUUCUAAUUAAUACUACAGUAGGAUAGUAAACCUCAAUGCAAUAUAAAAAGUUAAUUAUACUGUAAUUUCAUCCAUAUCUUUCUAUUUGUGUGAAUUUUAAUAUGUAAUUAUUAUAGGCACUCGCAUUUGUGAUUGUUUUAAUUAUAUUUUGUGAUUUUUUUGCAAUGUUUAAUUCCAAAAAAACAGAAGGUCAAACUGUGCCAUAUAGUCAAUACUACACGAUCGAAUUUAUUAUAUUUAUAAUUUAAUGUUAUUUGUAAAUAAAAUUUUUAUAUGUAGAGUUGCAUUUUAUUCCCUAGUAAUAUAGUAAAUUCAAAUUAUCAAUUUAAUCGAUGAUGGAUAAAUAUCUGAACAAUUUUAUUAACUAAUGUUUGUAUAGAUGUUUGUCCAAAUACAGAGAAUCUAGAUUUGGUAUUAGAUUAUUUGGUACAGACGCCUUUAAAGUGAUCAAUAAAAAUUUUAUAAAAAAAAAUAAAAUAAAAAUCCAUCCGUAUAUCUAGUAAGUAUCUUGCUUGUGCUGAAUAUAUUUAACGAUGGAAUGAAUAGCUUAUAUUAUUACUGUAUAUAUGUGUAAAUAUGAAAUCAUUCUAAACCACAACUCACACUGCCACUGUAUAGUGAAGUCAUUUAAAUUCUUAUUUUGGGAAUUUCUUUGAUCUUAAGGGGAAUUAAAGAAGGAUUCUGGGAGAUUUUAUAUAUCUUUCGUAAUUAAUAAGUAUGCAUUGAUGGGAUAACUGUAUAUACCAAAUUAACAUAUAUAUUGACAUUAGGAAAAGGUAUUUCAAAUUAUUUAAUCAACUGAUAUUUGACUUCACUAAAAUACCUACAUUGUUCAACUUUGCUCAUGUUUACACACAAUAGUUCAAUAUUAUAUACCUCAAUAUCAGUUCCAAUCAAUAGACCGAUCAAGAAAUUUUAUUGUACAGCAAUUGUAAUCAUAUUAUAUAUGCUUUUAUUUGUAAAUAAUUAUAUAUCUCUAAGAGAAUUUUUAUAAUAAAAAAAUAUUUACAAUA